AUGUCAAACGAUAUUCUGGGACCUUUACCUUUCGAUUCAUGUGCUUCUAUAUAUAACAAAGAUGAUGUUAAUGUAAUUCAUACGUUUUCAAGUCACUGCGAUAAACCUGCGACCAUGUCAAACGAUAUUUUGGGACCUUUGUUCUUUGAUUUAUAUGCUUCAACAUAUGUAACUCAUGCAUCUUCAAGUCGCUGUAAUAGACCUAUACCCAUGUCAAAUGAUAAUUUGGGACCUUCACUUUUCGAUCCUUAUAUAUAUGAGAAAGAAGAAG